AUGAAAUUAGAUUAUGUCUUGGCUUUGCAACCUGAAGAUUUCUUAGAGAGAAGAUUGCAAACUCAAGUCUUCAAGUUGGGUUUGGCUAGAUCCAUUCACCACGCUAGAGUCUUAAUCACCCAAAGACAUAUCGCUGUAGGUAAGCAAAUUGUCAAUGUCCCUGGUUUCAUGGUUAGAUUAGACUCUCAAAAGCAUAUCGAUUUUGCUCAAAACUCACCUUACGGUGGUGGAAGACCAGGUAGAGUAAAGAGAAGAAACCAAGCUAGAAAGGCUGCAGCAGAAGGUGAAGGUGCUGAAGAAGAAGAAGAGUAA